ACAAGAAGAAGAAACCCGAAGAAGGAGCCGAAUUGUGGCUGUUCCAUACUGGUUUAAUUGAAUGAGGCUAAAGAGCAGCUAAAGUUUGUGUUUGCUCGUUAAAAUAUUCUAAAGAAAUUCGUCCAAUAUUCAGCUAGAGCGUCUGAGACUGAGCGGUGACGAGCUGGCGCAGGUCGUGGGUUGUCCGUGGACCAUGCGAGACAAUGGCGGUAGCCUUGCCCAGAACCGCUGGCAGGGGGACCUUGGGCUGACCGCUGUGGGGCAGGACAGCACCGGAGGAGGGGGGAUUCCUGAAAACCACCUGAUCGUCCCGGCGUCGGGCCACAGCGUGUCCAGCUCCGUGCACCUCAGGCUCGGCCAGAAAGACAAGCUGUGGGCCGGCGAGUACAUAGAAGACGACGGGCCGGGGGCCAUCGAAGCCAUCGGCGACGAGGAGGAGGGGAAAAACCUGUACGAAGACGACGGAGAGGAUCUCCAGGGCAAAGCCUGGGAGAACAACGGCGAAGAGGAAGAUGGCGACGAGGUGGGCGAGAGCGAGGAGUGGGAGGUGCCGGAUUUCCCCUGCCAGUCCAACCCGUACGUCCGGCCGCAGCUUCAAGACCAGCGACCGCAGCAGCAGCAGCAGCAGGAGGAACCUGGUGCUCCGAGCGCAGAGAGCGCUCUGUUUAUUUCAUGUGGUUUGACAGGAAUGCGUUUAAACGGACCUUCUUCGGACAAGCAUGAGGAGAAAAUGAGACGCGACUUGGCGGUCCGACCAGCAGAAGCUGCUCUUAGCGAAGAACACACCAAAUACAUAACGGGCCUUCUGGAAGAGUCUCUGCAGCAGUACGGCAGCUUGAUUCCCGUCCACGUUGAUGACAUCGCGGCGAAGCUCCAAGACGCCUUCCACGAGAAUUUCUCUCAUCCGCACAGGAAAGCAAUGGUCCAGCACCAGAUCCAGUCCUUCCAGCGUUCAUCCGGAUCAGCCGUGGCCAAAACCUUCAGGGUCAACUACAAGCGCCAUGUUCUGACCAUGGAUGACCUGGGCACGUUGUAUGGGCAGAACUGGCUCAAUGACCAGAUUAUGAACAUGUACGGAGAUCUGGUCAUGGAUUCCGUUCCAGACAAGGUCCACUUCUUCAACAGCUUCUUUUAUGACAAGCUAAGGACAAAAGGAUAUGAAGGAGUUAAACGGUGGACAAAGAAUGUGGACAUCUUCCAGAAAGAUCUGCUGCUGAUCCCCAUCCACCUGGAGGUCCACUGGUCUCUGGUCAGCGUCGACAUCCCCCGUCGCACCAUCACCUACUUCGACUCUCAGCGGACCCUCAACAGGCGCUGCCCCAAGCAUAUUUCCAAGUAUCUUCAAGCCGAGGCGGUAAAAAAGGACCAACGGGACUUUUUGACGGGCUGGAAAGGAUUUUUUAAAAUGACGCCGCCUGUUGAAAUGUCCUCUGCUGACCUCGCUAACGUCUCCUGUCUCCUCCCACAGUACUGCAAGUGUCUGGCGCUAGGACAGCCGUUUAACUUUGGGCAGCAGGACAUGCCGCGGCUAAGGAGGCAAAUGUACAAAGAACUGUGCCACUGCAAGCUCAUCCUGUGACGGCGCCCGGAUCCGGAGCGCGCGGCGGGACGGGAGGAGCCAGCGGAUCGCUGGACGACAGAACAUCUUCAAAGUUAACAGGGACUGAGGCAGGCGGGCGGCUACCAGCACACCUGACGUCCGGUUCGUCUCUCUGGUUCCGUCUGUUCGCUUUUAUUUGAAGUUCUUAAUUUUUCGACAGACUCAUUAAAGGCGGGACGGUUUUUGUCACAUGUCCCGGUUCCCUUUUCCUUCCGCGGCAGGAAGUUGGCGUAGAGAGAAUCCAGAUCGUCCUGCUUUCAUGUAACCGUGUCCGACCAUCUGAGGUGGUCUCUGUAAGCCUGUGAAUAAAGCAGAACCUGUCGGGUUUUUCCGUUUAAUUCAGUCCACCUGCGCAGGCCAACCCCCCCCACAGAUCCAACAUUAACGCCACGGCUUCUUUCGGACGUGGUCAUCCGUGUAGGCGCAGCAGCAGCGUGGCGUUUCGGUGAGUUAUAUAUAUUUUUAAAGAGGUCAAGUCGUCGUGAUUUUUGCAGGAUUUCAGACGAUGGAACUGAUGAACUCUGCCACAAACCGGCUCUCUUGUACAUUUACUUUCUUUUUUUUUUGAAGUACACUUUUACCUGACUUAGGCACCCGAAACUUUCUGCCUUUUUUCAGUAGAAAGAAACCAACACAAACAUCUAAAUGUGGGAAAUUUGAUCUGCAUCUUUGUCCAAACGGAUCAGAUUGAUUCAAAAACCCCAAAAAAAACCAAGGGUACCUUUUCCUUUCAUUUAUCUUCUUUGUGUUUUUAUUGCUGUCAGUAAAUGUGGUGAUAUACUUAUUGCUUAAACAAAUGGUGUAAAAAAAAAACAAACAACAACUUUAAAUUAGUUUUUUUUUUCUUUUUGGAGCGAGCUCCAAAUGUUCCGUUUAGUAUUUGUUUGAUAAAAGCCAUCUUGGUCAGGACCACAGCAGCGACACAACAGGAGCACCGAAUGGAGCUGCAGUGCUUUCUUCUUCUUCUUCUUCUCUUUUUUUUAUAAUAAAAGACAAACUUGUGAAUAGCUGUCUUUUUGGUUU